AGGUGGAUCACAAUUUACCUCAACGUGAAAAUCAAGGAAAUGGUACACCGACCUCGCAAGCUAAUUUUAUAACGGUCAACUCGAUUGGUUCUCCGACAACUCAGCCUAAUACUUCUACACAACCUAAUGUGGCAAAGGAUAAUCACAAUAAUCCUGUGCAUCCUGUAAUGUCAAUGCAAUCCGAACAUCCCAACUCACAAUUAACAGUUCCGCAAUAUCAGACUCUAACUCCGUACCAAGCGAAAGCUCCCAAUAUGAAAUCAAAAUCAGUUAAUUCGAAUUCUCGAGGUGUUAUAAUUCGAGAGUUAAACGUGGAAGCACUGAAAGUGAAAAUUGAUAAAGCUUCAUCAUCCAAAACCAAUAAUAAUGAUGAUAAGCAUCAGGAACCUGUCAUCAUUUCUGAUGAUGAUAUGGAACCACAAAAUCACAUGAUGCGACAAUAUGGGGAACGAAAAGUUUUAGAAGCGAAUAAUAUUGUAUCUACUCCAGUUUCAUCUAAGCCAGCAAUUAUGAAUACUCCAAACAACAAAGGGAAACAAAUUGUUUCAAAUAAAAACACUUCUUAUAAUGCUGGACAUAAUACAAGUAAUUCUGUAAGAGAUAUCGAGGAAUUUGUGCGAUUAUUUGAUGAAAUACAAAGGAGCGAUGAAGAUUUUGGAUUAAGGCAGAUUGCUAUAACUAGAUUAUACCAUAAAUUAACUUCAUUAGGUUUUAAUAUUGAAGGUCAUAUAACUAACUUGGCAGCAAGAGGUAAAUUAGAUCAUGAACUUUUGAGAUCGUUUAGAAACUCAUGA